AUGUAUUUUCUCAGGCGGGACAAAGCGACGUGGUUAACAGGUUAUGAGGACAGCAGGAUGGAGUUCCCCGACCACAGCCGACAUUUGCUCCAGUGUCUGAGCGAGCAGCGGCACCAGGGCUUCCUGUGCGACUCCACAGUGCUGGUAGGAGAGGCGCAGUUCCGUGCGCACCGCGCCGUCCUGGCAUCGUGCAGCAUGUACUUCCACCUCUUCUACAAGGACCAGCUGGACAAGCGCGACGUGGUGCACCUGAACAGCGACAUCGUAACGGCGCCGGCUUUCUCGCUGCUGCUGGAGUUCAUGUACGAGGGCAAGCUGCGUUUCCAGGACCUGCCAGUGGAGGACGUGCUGGCCGCAGCCUCCUACCUGCACAUGUACGACAUCGUCAAGGUGUGCAAGAAGCGGCUCAAGCGCAAAGCCACGGCCACCGAGGCGGACAGCACGCGGAGGGAGGACGACGGCGCCACCUCCGGCUGCUCCGACAAGGCCGACAGCCUCUCGGACGGCUCGGCCGGCCGCCCCGCCGCUGCCGACACUAGUGACGAGGAGGACGAGACGGAGGUAGGGGCGCCGUGGCUGAGAACUUCAUCCGCCGAGCGGCCGGGGACGCCCGCGGCGCCCACGCUCGCCAGCCCGUGCCGCGGGGAAGCAGAAGUCAAAGCCGCGUCCCCCGCCGGGAGCCCGUCCAGCUCCACCGGGUCCCUCUCCCUCAAGUCGCAGCGAGGGCAACACGGUCGGGUGGCAGGCGACGUUGUGGACUGCGUGCUGGACUUGUCCGUCAAACCCUCGCCCGGCGUCAACCACCACUCAAACUACUUCGGCAGCGACUCCCCACCAGACGGUCUCCGGAGCCCCCUGCCCGUGAGGGUGAAAGUGGAGAGGGGCGCGGCAUCGGACGAGGACGACGAUGCGGGCGGCGCGGACUAUGAGAUGGAGCACAGCGGCAAGGUGACGGGGCAGCGAGGUGUGGGCGGCCCCCUGUCGGCGCAGCGGCGCCUGGGCCUGGAGGCGCACCUGUCGGCCCUGCGCGAGGCCUCGCUGGCUUCCGAGCUGGAGCGCGAGGACAAGCGGCCCGGCGAGGACGUUCCGGCCGAGGCGGCGGCGGGCGGCGCGGACGGCGCCCUUCUUCCCUACGUGUCUAACAUGCUGGCAACGCCGCACACUCAGAUCUUCAUGUGCCCGCUGUGCAACAAAGUGUUCCCGUCCCCGCACAUCCUCCAGCUGCACCUGAGCUCGCACUUCCGCGAGCAGGAGGGCGUGCGUGCCAAGCCGGCCGGCGGCGACGUCAACGUGCCCACGUGCACCAUCUGCAGCAAGACCUUCUCCUGCAUGUACACGCUCAAGCGCCACGAACGCACGCAUUCGGGCGAGAAGCCCUACACGUGUGCCACCUGCGGCAAGAGCUUCCAGUACUCGCACAACCUGAGCCGCCACGCCGUGGUGCACACGCGCGAGAAGCCGCACGCCUGCAAGUGGUGCGAGCGACGCUUCACGCAGUCGGGAGACCUCUACCGCCAUAUCCGCAAGUUCCACUGCGAGCUGGUCAACUCGCUGUCGGUCAAAAGCGAGCCGCUGGCGCUGCCUAAUGUCAGGGACUGGGCCAUAGAGGACAGCUCGCAGGAACUCUGGAAGUAG